CCUUUUAAAAAUUAAAAUGAACAUCUACGAUUCAAUUCAUGAGCAUAAAGGGAAGUGGAAAGUAUACACUAAGGUGUUACUCUGGUGGGGAUAGGUGGAGCAGUGGGCCUUUUUCUAAUACAUCUGUGGUAUUUGGAAAACAUACACAGUUGUCUGUCACUCUCUGCGGGGGAUCGGGUCUGGAGUCCUCUUCAGAUCCCCAGAUCCGAGGAUGCUUAAGUCACUUAUAUAAAAUGGUGUAGUACAGUUGACCCUUUGUAUCUGUGGAUGAGGAGGUCAACUGUAUUUAUAGUUAAAAAUUCAGGUACAAGAAGCAAGUUAGGCAAAAUAUUUAAGGUUUCUGUUGCUAUAAGUAGCAACUUUUUGCUAACCUGAAAAUGAUCAAGAGUAUUUUUGUCAGCAUAAUAUGUAACUUUCAGUAGACUUAGCUUCAGACUUAGCUUCAGAAUGUAAAUAACUUAAAAAAAAAAUCAGAUGAGAUUAAGUGUCAUGGAAAACCUGUUUUCUGUCUUGUUUCUUUCUUUAUGAGAGUUCUUGUAUUGAGAACUCAGGGACCACUUCUAAAGUUAAGGUCAAAGUCACACUUGGUCCAGUGAUUGCAGCCCCGGAUACUUUGAAUUACUAUUUAUCCAACACAGAAUGUAAGGUUCUGGCUAACCAGAAGUUCCCUUUAUAGCAUCUGUGAUGUACAGUUUUUAAAGAAUCCAGAUGCAAACUAUUUUAACUUUGAUCCUUAUGAUGAUGCAAAAAGGUACUCCAGAGACCUUAUAGAGCCUUAGGCUUAUCUUUGGGGGGUUGUAUAAAAGUUAAAUGAUCCUUUUGAAGUUCCUGUAACAGCGAGGAGGCAGUAUAACACCUCACAAAGAGCAUGUGCUGGGAAAGCAGGCUACCUGCGUUUCAACCACCAUUUCUCACUGGCUCUUCUCUUGGACAGUUACUUAAGCAAGUGCAUCAGUUUCCUCAUCAGUAAGUAACCAUAAUAAUAGUACCCACCUCAUAAGAUUAUUAUAAGAAUUCAAUCCAUGAAAAUAUGUAGAGCACUAGAGUAGUUCUUGGCAGGCAGUGAACGUUAAUUUUCAUUUGCAUAAGCCAUUCUCAGUUGUGGCCAACAGAACUCUGAGAUGAUCUCACUGUGUUUAAUUGCAGUACCACUCAGAAUAUUCUAGAGUGAUAGAGAGCAGUUGAGGUUCACUCCAUUCAGCAGGGGAAGAGAGGCUGUUCUCUGGGGCUGGUGGUAGGUUUGAGGCACUCUCUUAACUAACUUGUCAACAAAGGAGAGCGGCCUGGCUAGUGCUGAGCUGGAAACCCUGUUAUGAGGAAUGCUUGCCAGGACUGAAAAUGUUUUUACCUGGGUAAAAGAGGAUUCCCCCCAUUGGACACUGGAUUUGGAAAGACCUGGUAUAGAGAGGUAAUUUAAUUCAGAAAUUAAAAUCUGGCCCUGCAUAAGUGGAAGGUUGGUUGCUCUUCAGGUCGGCCACCUCCCAGCAAUGUCCCUCUGUCCCAAGGUGCCUUGUGCUCUGACCCUGCUGAAUAUAGUGCGAUUGUUCUGGGUCAUCCUGUUCAGUUUGAAGUCUGUUGAAGUGGACAUAAUGAUGCUUAGACUAGUACGGUGUGAGUUCCCUUUGGAAGUGGCCUGCUGAAAUAUUAGUGAUUCUUGUAGGAGGAAUAGUACAGUGAGUAAAUGGUUAUCCUAAAUGCCUUUUAAUGUUCUAAUGCUGUUUUUGGAAUACUUCCCAUAGAGUAUGUCACUUGUGAGAAAAGUGAAACUACUUGUAAUUACUUAAUGUCUUUAUGCUAAUCCUAAGGAGAAAAUUUAAUGGAAUAACUAUUUCCUGUUUGUGUUAACGGAUAUAAAGCAAAAGAGUUACUUUUUGUUAAAUUAGGAAUUUAUCAGGUAUUUAAUGUACUUCUGACCUAAAGACUCCUAAAGAAAUUUAUUUCCUUGAAACUUAUAAAUUUUACUUAAAAUUUUUAGUUUUUAAAAAAGUAGAGUUGAUACCCAGCUCGUUUCUAGGCAAAAAGACAAUAUGGAUGAAACUUUCGGAACACACAUGUUGAGUAGGGGUUUUUUUUUGUUGUUGUUUUUUGUUUUGUUUUUUGAGUAGGUUUUUAAAUGGGUGCAUUUCUGUACUUGAGCUCUGAGGAACAAGAUCAGUGUGUUCGAUCUCAGAGGACAUGGACAUCCACAUCUUCAUCUUUAGCCCGUUGUUUCCCCCACAUUCCUGUGGGCUGGUUCGUAUAUUUUGUAACUUCAGUAGAAAUUUUGAGGAAAGCUGGAGAAGGAAUAAUGAUUAAGUUUUAUGUGGAAAGGGAUAAUUGAGUAUAAAACAUUUAAGACAAGUACUUUUGUUAGGUAAAUCUUUAGGUUUUUAAGUAGAAAGAUUUCUUAGCUUUCUCCUGAGUUUAUCUUGGAAUAUCUGAAAUUCCUCAUUUUCUUCAUAGAUAUUUAUUGAAUUGGGCUCUGUGCUGGAGAUACCAAGUUAAGACAGAUUCAGACCUCUCACCGUCUCUGCUUGUGUGUUUAAGAUUCUGCUUGGUAAUUAGUUCAGAAUGUUAUUGAAAUAGGAUUUUUUAAGAUCGGUAGAUCUUUGAAGAGUCCCUUUAUCGAGGUACCAAGAUAGAAUUAUUGUUUUGCUCUAGAAUCAGUUUUUUCUUCUCAGGAUUCACUCUUAAAGUUUUUUUUAAAAUUUGUUCCUUUCAAUACUGAAAUUAGCAAGAAGAAUACUUGUUUUCCUCAAAACACUCAGUAGCCCUUAAAAUUCCUAUUGGAUCGUCCUUCAUUGCUUGUAUAUUGACUAUAACUGUUGGAAACAAAUGUCCAUAUUAAAUGACUGUUGAGAAAGUAUUUUUGGAAACAGUUACUCUGUCCAACAGAGAGGAGAAGAUUUGAAUUUAAUAGCUGACUUAUCGCAGAAGAUGUCCCCCUUCGAGCCCCAUCUGGCCAGUGUCCAAGUGCUCUCUAAGCAGGUGUUCCGUGUUCUAGGGGAAGAAGCUCAGAAAGGAUCUCUGCUCUUUGAUGGUCUCCCUCCGGCCAGCAGUACUGACUCAGGUACAGUCUCCAGGCUCUCCCAGGUGUGUGUCAACGUGUCAUCCUGGGAUUGUAGUUGUCUCAAUCUUUUUCCCUUUCCCCCAUUUUCAACACACAGAUGUUUUAGGUGUUGGACUGUCUUAAGUUUUGAAUCCAUGGCAUCAGGCUCUGGGGGACCUUUGCUUUUUGACGAUCUCCCGCCAGCCAGCAGUGGCGAUUCAGGUUCUCUUGACACUUCGAUAUCCCAGGUGGUAAAGAAUGAAGGGAAAGGAGCAAAGAGAAAAACCUCUGAUGAAGAGAAGAAUGGCAGUGAAGAGCUUGUGGAAAAGAAAGUUUGUAAAGCCUCUUCGGUGAUCUUCGGCCUGAAAGGCUACGUGGCUGAGCGGAAGGGCGAGCGGGAGGAGAUGCAGGACGCCCACGUCAUCCUGAAUGACAUCACUGAGGAGUGCCGGCCCCCCUCCUCCCUCAUCACUCGGGUUUCAUACUUUGCUGUUUUUGAUGGACAUGGAGGAAUUCGAGCCUCAAAAUUUGCCGCACAGAAUUUGCAUCAGAACUUAAUCAGGAAAUUUCCUAAAGGAGAUGUCAUCAGUGUAGAGAAAACCGUGAAAAGAUGCCUUCUGGACACCUUCAAGCAUACUGAUGAAGAGUUCCUUAAGCAAGCCUCAAGCCAGAAGCCAGCCUGGAAAGACGGGUCCACCGCCACGUGUGUUCUGGCCGUAGACAACACUCUGUACAUCGCCAACCUUGGGGACAGUCGGGCAAUCCUUUGUCGUUACAAUGAGGAGAGUCAAAGACACGCAGCCUUGAGCCUCAGCAAGGAGCAUAAUCCGACCCAGUAUGAAGAACGGAUGAGAAUACAGAAGGCCGGAGGGAACGUCAGGGACGGGCGUGUCCUGGGCGUGCUGGAGGUGUCCCGCUCCAUCGGGGACGGGCAGUACAAGCGCUGUGGGGUCACUUCGGUGCCGGACAUCAGACGCUGCCAGCUGACCCCCAACGACAGGUUUAUUUUGCUGGCCUGUGACGGCCUCUUCAAGGUCUUUACCCCAGAAGAAGCCGUGAAUUUCAUCUUGUCCUGCCUGGAGGAUGAGAAGAUCCAGCAGCGGGAGGGGAAGCCCACCGUGGACGCCCGCUACGAAGCCGCCUGCAACAGGCUGGCCAACAAGGCGGUGCAGCGGGGCUCGGCGGACAACGUCACGGUGAUGGUGGUGCGGAUCGGGCUCUGAGCGGGCGCGGCCCUGACUCCGAGGUUCGCUUUUGUGUUGUGCACAUUAUGUGUUUCGUGUACUCCUGUGGGAUGCCCAUGACUGUAAAUAAAGGUGUUUUUUCUAGA